UUAAUUUCACACAGAAUGUACUGCCCUUCGUGUCUUGGACUGAACUCUAAAUGGGAGCUUGUUCACUAUGGAUCUGCUGCCAGGAUUUUUGUCAAUAGAAGCUUGGCAAUGGAGAAAAUCAAAUGCUUCGGCUUUGACAUGGAUUACACUUUAGCAGUCUACAAGUCGCCUGAGUACGAGGCGCUGGGCUUUGAGCUGACGGUGGAGCGGCUGGUGUCCAUCGGUUAUCCCCAAGAGCUGCUCAGCUUCGUCUACGAUCCAUCAUUUCCCACCAGAGGCCUUGUGUUUGAUACCAUGUAUGGAAACUUGCUGAAGGUUGACGCUUAUGGUAAUAUCCUGGUCUGUGCCCAUGGAUUUAAUUUCUUUCGAGGCCCUGAUAUACGUGAACGAUAUCCGAACAAGUUUAUCCAGCGGGAUGACACAGAGCGUUUUUAUAUCCUUAACACACUCUUCAACCUUCCAGAAACCUACCUUUUUGCUUGUCUUGUGGAUUUUUUCUCAAACUGUGACAGAUACACAAGCUGUGAAUCGGGCUUUAAAAAUGGGGACCUCUUCAUGUCCUACAAGAGCAUGUUCCAGGACGUCCGGGACGCGGUGGACUGGGUUCACUUCAAGGGAACCCUGAAGGAGAAAACGGUAGAGAACCUGGAGAAGUAUGUGGUGAAAGAUGGGAAACUCCCACUUCUCCUGAGCCGAAUGAAUGAAGUAGCCAAAGUUUUCCUGGCUACUAACAGCGACUACAAAUACACAGAUAAAAUUAUGAGUUACCUGUUUGACUUCCCUCAUGGCCCCAAGCCUGGUACUUCUCACCGGCCCUGGCAGUCUUACUUUGACUUGAUCUUGGUGGAUGCCAGAAAGCCUCUCUUCUUCGGGGAGGGAACCGUCCUCAGACAGGUCGACACGACCACAGGACGCUUAAAGAUAGGCACCUACACAGGACCUCUGCAGCAUGGGAUCGUGUACUCGGGAGGCUCCUCAGACAUUGUGUGUGACCUUCUGGGGGCCAAAGGGAAGGACAUUUUGUACAUCGGGGACCAUAUAUUUGGAGACAUCCUCAAGUCUAAGAAGCGUCAGGGAUGGAGAACGUUCCUGGUUAUCCCAGAGCUGGCCCAGGAGCUGCACGUGUGGACCGACAAAAGCUCACUAUUCGAGGAACUUCAGGGCUUGGACAUUUUCUUGGCAGAGCUUUACAAACAUCUGGACAGCAGCAGCAACGAGAGGCCUGAUAUCAGCACCAUUCAGAGAAGAGUCAAGAAAGUCACGCAUGACAUGGACAUGUGCUACGGCAUGAUGGGUAGCCUUUUCCGCAGCGGCUCCAGACAGACUCUCUUUGCCUCCCAGGUGAUGCGUUACGCUGACCUGUAUGCCGCCUCCUUCAUCAACCUGCUGUAUUACCCCUUCAGCUACCUGUUCAGAGCCGCACACGUCCUGAUGCCUCAUGAGUCGACGGUUGAACACGCCCACGUGGACAUCGACCUGGAGUCGCCCCUGGCCACUCGUAACCGCUCCCAGUGCAACGAUUGCAAGGACCUGGAGUGCAAACGCAAUCACCUGACCCGCUCCUUCAGUGAGAUCAAGCCUCCCAACCUCUUCCCCCAGACUCCUCAGGAGAUCACCCACUGCCACGACGAGGACGACGAUGAGGAGGAGGAGGAAGAGUAAUGAAACAUCCUGCAGAGUUGAGCCACGUUCCUUUUCCUGUCGCCUUAUGUUUCCUGUAGAGUGGAGUCGUGAUCUCUCUCCGAGGCGGGAAACGCCUCCUCAAUGCGUGUGUUUGUUUGUGUGCUCAUAUUUACAGUAAAUAUACAUCAAUGCACACGAACAGAUUAACGCACACAUGUGGGAGAGAAUAUCAUGCAUGCUCGGCUCUCUAAAACAAAAAACGCCACCCUGAGUAAUCUUCUCAUCAGACGCUAAUUUUUUAUAGUAGUUUUGUAACCGAAUCGUGUUUACGUUGUAACCCUGCAAAUUCAGCUAUACUGUAAUUCUAACUAUGAAACAAGCUACAGGGAACGCACUUUACCAUCAAUGGGAGCGCUCAUCUGAGUGUUCAAAACAGACUUUUUCUGCUGUUUGGGAACAAUGGUCGGCUUUUUAUCCACUUAAUUCAUUCUAACUCUUACUGAAGGGAAUGUAGCAUCCUGACAGGCAUUAGGGGUCAGUUUUACUAAACCUCAGCAGCUCUGAAGCUAAAGCUGGUGUCGACACAGACCAUUAUGCAUGGGCUUGAGUGGGGAGUGCUGAGGACAGAGUAUUGUAGCUGCAUUUACUCCUUAUUCUCUGUAAGAGCCCCGACAUACUGUGGUGUUUAUGUAACUAACCACGUGUCACGGUUGCAUCCCAAGCAGGCUGACCUGCAGUAUUUCAUUUUAGCUCAGGCUUUUAUGAAGAUGAAACUUGAACAUUGCAUUACACUAUAAAGAAGUAGAGCUGAUUUGCUCGGUCUUUCAUGGUGCCUAGACGUGGAGCUUUUCAGUGUGCAGAAGGUGUUAGCUUGUUUAGUGGUUUUAGGAUGUUUUAUUUCCACACGUAUAAACUUCUAAUCAUUUCAUAGGAGGAAAUAUACAGACUUUCUGAUGACAGUAUUUUUCUGUCUGCCUCUUAACACUGUGAUUAUUUUAUUAUAGGCUCGGUUCAGGCUGCGGUACCUAUCUUUGAUGAUU